UGUAUAAUUUGUCCGAUGAGGUUUUUUAUCUAAAUCUUUCAUCUCAAUUUUCCACUGAUAGCCCACCAUAUGUUGACCUUACAAGUACUUCUGCACGAAUGAAAUAUGCAAGUGAAAAUGGUGCCGUGGUGCUCGGAGUUGCUGUUAAUGAAAAUGCGUUUCUGAUUGGAGGGGUACAACAGAAUCUUACACUCCUUAAUGAAAUUGAUCAUAAUGCAAUUAUAACUUCGAAUCAAACAUUAAUGAUAAAUGAAAUUAGUAAAACCUACAAUACGACUGAUCAAUUCGUUUUUUUCUAUCAGUCACAUGCAAAAUCUUGGUCGUAUCCUUUGAGCGGAACGCCGCCGUCUAGACGAAGAUCAACUUCAACUGUAAUUAGUCAGAAUGGAACUAUAUAUAUAUUUGGAGGGAGAGUUCAAGAGGAUACAGGAUCACCUAUAUUUGUUUGUUAUAAUGAUUUAUAUGCAUUUGAUCCGGUGUUAUUAUCAUGGAAUAAAAUCAAUGCAGACAAUGCUCCUUCACCUCGAAGUCACGCAGCACCAGUAAUGCUUCCAAAUGGUAAGAUUCUUUAUAUUGGUGGCGUGUCUCAGACUAACCCCGGAACGAACGCAAACUUAAUUGAUAUGAAUGAGAUCCCAGUAUUUGACACAAUUUCUUCAACCUG